CACAAGGAUGCCGUUGGGAAAAAAGGUUCGCUCUUCCUCUGCUUCAGGAAGAUUAGAAACCCUACAUGUGCCCAGCAUCCUUUCUGAAUUGGGGAGCACAGGAGAAAGGACAAGACAGACUUCGGGGCUAGGUUGUCUGGGUGAGAAAGUCACAGAUGACUCCUCAGCAUCAAGACGAGUGGGUGUAAGCGAGGACAGAAAAGAGCAGCCUGAAUGGUUGGUGCGAGAGCUGCUGAAACAGAACAGACGAAGACACUCUGUCACACUUGGAGACAAGGCUCAAAUCAUGAGACAACAGCACCAGCACUCUAUUGAUUCAACCCACAGCCUCAAGAUUGAUGAGAAGAUUUCACUUGAUAACCUCCAGAAACUGAAACUAGCAUUUGAGGAAUUUGAAACAGGAGGUUUGGGAUCCAUUGAUGCGAAGAAUUUUGGACAUAUAGUGACGAAGUGUUUGGGCUUUCCUUUCACAAGCAAUGCACAAAUUCAAGGGUUAUUUAAGAAGAUUGAUUAUUCAGGCCAGGGAAGGAUUUCAUGGGGUGAGUUCUGCACAAACAUGCUACAGGAGUACAAAGAGAAGGAGGAAGCAGCAAGACGCAGUAAACAGGUGGCUUUCACUCUGCCAGCCACCAUGAAGGCGUUGUGUCACGGUAUUCCCAUCAUCAACAUCUGCUCCACCCAUGAUGGCACCAUCAUAACUGUGAGAGAAGAUGGAGCUGUUUGCUAUUGGAGUCCUGAACUUAAACUUCAGAGGACCAAACACAUGUUUAAUGAUGGACCUGCCAACAGGAAGUCGAAGUGGGCAAGUGAUUUUACUCUGAUGACAGAGUACAACAAGCUGAUGAUCGGAACAGGGGACAGAGAGAUACAACUUUAUGAGCUUUCCACUCUGGAGCCUUAUUGCCAAAUCAAUACACUAGACACAGUCCCUUUGACAUUAGACUACGGCUACACAGGCUCUGAUAAAUGUUGCAUUCUGUAUGGAGACACUGAGGGAUGUGUGAAUAUCAUUUUAGUAUCUUCUGUUGCAGAUACCCUCAGAUUAUGGAAUAAAUUACCAAAGAUUGAAAAUAUGCCCAACAUAGCAAUUGAUAAUGCAGUGCUCUUUCCAAGUGUGACAUUUGUGAGAUGGAAGGUUCAUCAGGACUGGGUGACACAGGCAAAAUAUUUGCCAAGUUUCCAAGCUGUUAUCUCAUCAUCAAAUGAAGAGGCUUCAUCUCUUGUUAUAGGUUGUGUGCUGCCUUUAACGGACGCUGAGCAGCAGUUGAGCGAGAUCAGAGAGGCUUGCUAUGAAGGUAAGACCAAGAAGGUCCAGCUGAGCUGGACUCCACAGCUCCGGGCAUCAUGUGACCAGACAGUCUUCACCAUCUACAAAGGUGUGAAGACGUUUGAUCUUUGUCAGAAGCACAGCCUGCUGGUUACUGGAGGCAUGGAUAGACUCAUACGCAUGUGGAACCCACAUUUUUCUGGAAAACCAACUGGGAUUUUGAAAGGCCAUUCUGCUCCUAUCAUCUACCUCUGCAUCUCCUCAGAAGACAGUCAGAUCUUCUCAGUCUCCAUAGACAGCACUGUGAAAAUCUGGGAUAUUCAAGAUCAGUGUUGCCUGUUUACAGCAGACCCCAAGGCCACUGGGAUUCACGGUGACAUAUCUGCAUGCUCAUAUUCCCCAGCUAUGAAAUCCCUUUAUACUGCAGCAGACUGCAUGGCAGUGCUGUCCCUCAAGAUAAGGCCACAGCUUUGCAGCCGCCUGAAUGUCUCACAUAAUGAGCCUAUAAUGUGCUGUGGCUACAGUGAGGAGUUUCGUCAAGUUGUCAGCUGCACUGAGGGAUCUGUGGUGAAAGUUUGGGAUUUUGACACUGGACGUCAGGUUUUUGAGUUUGGUGGCACACAUGACCUGUCUGCCAUCACUUGCAUGACUUUUGACCCCAAAGGGAGGAGACUCAUCACAGGGGGAAGAGAGGGCUGUCUAAAGAUCUGGAACUUUAACAAUGGGCAGUGCCUAAAGACCCUAAAGAAGGAUGGUGAAUGUCACGAGGUGUGCGACUGCAUCUUUUUGAAAGUUCACGGGAAUUCCUAUGUGAUGUCUGUCGGCCAGGACCGGAAGAUUGACAUUUACUCAGACAUACCUGAGGACCCUCAUCAUAUCCAGAGGCCACGGCCUUCAUGGCAGGAUGAUCUGAAAAAUGGCCAUAAAGGAGAUAUCCUUUGUGUGACACACUGUCCCCCGUCUCUCCUGGCCACCAGCAGCUAUAAUGGAGAGAUUAUAGUGUGGAAUGUGGUUUCUGGACGUAUACAGACUCGGUUUGUCAGCCCUCUUCCGGAUAAACACCAAAAUGUUAAAGGACUGGAUACUAGUGUUCCAAGCAUGAUUUUCCUGAAGAACUCCAAGUAACAGCAAUUUUCUUCGACCACAGCUCUCCUGACGUCUGGGGCCAUGGGUUAUAUAAAUCUCUGGAACGUGCUCAGUGGAGGAAAAUUUGUGAGCAGCUUCAAGGCUUCUAGAUUCCAACAAAAGAUUACAAAACUGGCUAAGACAGACAAGGACAUAUUGUAUGCUGCUGACAGAAUCGGUUACAUCUAUGUUUAUGACACAGAGACAUUUGCUCUUGACGCUGAGCAAAAACCACCAAGAGCUGAAAACUUCUGGCGUGCCCACACCAGCAGAGUUACUGGCCUGCAGAUUGUUGACAAUGAUCAAGUGGUGCUUACCUCAUCCAUGGACUUCACUGUGCGCCUUUGGAGUGCACAUGGAGAAUUCAUAGGGACAUUUGGGCAAUCUGAGAGCUGGAGCGUUCACAUCUCCUCAUCCUGGAUGCAUCCUGCUGUCCCCUAUGAGGUUUUGAUUGAUCCGCUGAGUAUGCCAGAUCAUGAAAUUCUGAAAGUAAAAACAUGUCUUUCUGAUGUCAUCAAUCCUGACAAGACUGAAGCUGAUAUGGAGGAACUGAAGUCAGAGACACACACUGAGCUGAGACUUCCUCCAACAUCCAUCAGUGGCACAGACAUUGAGGAAGAUUAAAAGCAUGUUUCACCCACACAAACACAGGACUGGGCUCUGUCAGGCAUUUGUCAGGCAUACUAUCGAAUCAGUAAGCUUUGAAAGGCUUUGAUACUGUGGAGCCACCAAGCACCAGUGUAAGACCUGACCUCUUCCAUGCUGGUAUUGAUCCUCGCAUAUGCAGCACUGAGGAACUGGAGUCAAAUGAAUAAGAUGACACUGUAUUGAUUACAGUUGGGAAACUGGGUCAUUGCAGCAUCUAAUACCAUAGAGACAGAGCGACAAAAAAUAAAAUAGAAUGAAAUAAUAGUGAAAAUUAGGGCUGCAUAUAAUCAUACUCAACUGGCUUUUUCAACAACAGACCAUAUAAAAUAAAGCCAAAGAUGAAUGAAAGUGUUGAACUAUGUGAA